AUGUCGAAAUUAUUGGUUUCGGUUGAUAGCGAUAGCACGAAUUUCUUCAAGCCAAAUAUUAGCGAAAUCCGCUUAUAUCUUCGUUUGCUUUCGCCUUCGAGCACCCUACUUGCUCAGGCAAGCGCCGCUGAAUAUUUCCGCCAUUUAUCUAUCAGUGGAACUCUUCCAUCAGUAUCUGUUGUUUAUCCGUUGACAGCCUAUGGAAUAGAAGAUGUUGCUGCAUUACAGCAGCGAAUAAUAAUUGUUAGAUAA